GUCAGAUGUUACUGGACGCGUCAACACAAGCCUCAACUUAUAAACUAAGGUCCGAGCGAGUUGUCUUCAGUAUCACAUUAAGCGUCUCGCUGUAACAACAUAUAUGUAUAUAUUUAGAAAAUAAUAAACAAAACUUUAAAAAUGCAAAAGUUAUGGAUCUUUGUAGUUCUAGCAAUAUUAAGCAAUGAAGCUCUCGCCAUGAGCCACAGACAAAAGAGACAAAAUGAAGGAAAUGAAGAGGAUUUAGAAGACAGAUAUGGGUGGAAUAGGCCGAAUUUUCCUCGUUUUCCUCAGCGACCAUGGAGACCUAACCCGUUCCCAACACAACGACCGGUAUCUGACCCGGGGCAAGGCCAAACUACAACAACAACAGCAGCACCACCGACCCCUAAUGGAAAUACUGCUAACGAUGCCAAUGUACAAGCUUGCAUCCGAACCUGCCCCGUGACAACGGAAUACAAUCCAGUGUGCGGCACCAAUAGCGUUACCUAUGACAACCCUGGUAGAUUGAGUUGUGCCCAAGCUUGUGGAGUCAAUGUAUCUUUGCUGAGAUCAUCGCGGUGUCCACCAACAACUCCAGCUCCCUAGACUAUAACUUUGUAAUCAUUAAGUAAAUAUUUAAAGAAAUAAUAAAUCCUAUUUAAAUUAUAAA